AUGGGUGAAGCUGUGCUAUCUACAUACGGGUUACCACCGCCAGUGCGCGAUUGCACCGCCGACUUAUCACCAGAAAUACUGCGCGAAUCGUCUUAUUGUACUGCUGACCUCGACUGCUAUGUCGGAGAGAAUGAAUUACGCCUCCUACCAGAACAAAGAACACACCACGACUCACCCGAUGGCACCGGGAAGACUUUCAUUACAAAACUAAUUCUAGAUGAAAUCAGCCGGCACGGAGACAUCGAGUUUGCUGUUGUCUCAUCCGGGAUUGCAGCCACAUUGCUUCCAGUCGGACGGACGGCACACUCUAUCUUUCGGGGAGGGUCGAACGCCUUCAGACGCAGAACACUGGGAACACUGGGAACACUGUGUUCAGUUGUUGGCACUCAUCAACAGCUCAGAGAUGCCGUCUUUCCGCAUCUUAGUACCAACUACAGUGACCUUGGGUGGCUCUCUGAUACAGCCGUUCUUCCUCGAAAAAAAAAAACAAAUUUAAUUGAAGCGACAAUUCUUACAGUUUACGAAAGGAGUGAAACUGUAUUCAUACCGCGCACGCAUCUAUCUCCAUCAGGUUCAGAUGUGCCCUUUACAUUCUGCCAGUCGCGGUUUCCCACGUCCGUGAUAUUUGUCUCCCAUUGUUACUACACCGCGCCAGAUAAACACUUCCUUCCACCUGCCCUCGGCGUAUUCGCAUUGCUGCUUGAUUUUUCUGUCAAACCCUCCUGUCUAUUGCCACUGUCAACUCCAUUACACCACGACCAUCUACGCUGUGAAGGCAUUAAUAAUUGUGUUAAGCGUCCCCCCAGUCAAAUGCAUCGCUGA